AUGGCUGUCAGUGAAGUUGAAGCGAGCAAUACUGUCAGGAAUGCUUUAAUUGAGAGCCUUACAGCAAUCCUUUCUCCUCAACAAGAUGUUAGACAGCAAGGAGAGGAACAGCUUAAGCUCCUAGAAGUAACAGAGGAAUUUGGUGUAUUCCUCGCUGAACUAACCUUGGAUAAGAAUGGGGCUCUUGCCAUUCGUCAGUUGUCCUCACUCAUCCUGAAACAAUAUGUUGAGGCACACUGGUCUCAGCAUUCUGAGAAAUUUAGACCACCGGUGGCUACAGAUGCGGCAAAGGCACACAUCCGCAACCGCCUUCCUGCAGGGCUGGGAGAGUCCAUCAGUAAGGUACGUUCCAGUGUUGCUUACGCCAUCUCAGCUAUUGCUCACUGGGAUUGGCCUGAUGCCUGGCCGGACCUCUUCGGUCUUCUAAUGAUGAUGAUUACCAAAGGAGAUAGUAAUGAAGUCCAUGGAGCCAUGAGAGUUCUUACAGAAUUCACAAGAGAAGUGUCUGACACCCAGAUGGAGCAUGUAGCACCUGUCAUAUUACCUGAAAUGCAUCGCAUCUUUGUUCAAAGUGGCACAUAUACGAUAAGAACCAGAGCCAGGGCUGUAGAAAUCUUUAAUACUUGUGCAACUCUCAUCUAUAACAUUGCCUCCAUUGCUAAGGGAGCAGCCAAGAAGUUAUUGUAUCCAGUACUGAAUGGAUUUAUGGAGGAAUUUGUCAAGGCUUUGACUAUCACUGAUAGCUCAGUGUCGGAUAGUGGUCUCAAGAAAGAAAUCAUAAAGGCACUGACAGUGAUAGUGAAGUGUUUCCCUGGUCAAAUUACCAAGUCCAUGCCAGCUGUACUUCAGGCUACAUGGAAGACUCUCACAGACAGUGCAGACAUCUAUGUCAGGACUGUCAUCAAUGAUACUGAAGAAGCUGAUGAUCCAGUUGAUUCAGAUGGUGAAGUGUUGGGCUUUGAGAACCUUGUAUUCAGUAUAUUUGACUUUGUAUCAGCUAUGAUAGAUUCACCCAAGUUCAGAGGAACUGUACGCAAAUUGUGUGAUGAUCUUCUAUACUAUGUGAUUCUUUACAUGCAGAUCACAGAAGAGCAGGUUUACCAGUGGACUGCUGAUCCAAAUCAGUUUGUUGAAGAUGAAGAUGAUGAUACUUUCUCAUACAGUGUACGGAUCUCAGCCCAAGAUCUACUAUUGUCAUUAGGUAGUGAGUUUCCCCAGGAGACAUCACAUGGUUUAAUGGCAGCCUUAGACAGACAUCUACAAGAGGCUCAACAUGCUAAAACUCAAGGACAUAAUCAUUGGUGGAAGGUGCAUGAAUCUUGUUUAUUAGGGUUAGGUUCUAUCAAAUCACUCAUUAUUGACAAAGUAGGUAAAGGAAAGCUGACAUUCAACUUAUCAGGAUUCCUUACAACAACAGUUCUAGAAGAUCUUCAACAAACUGUAUCACCAUUUUUAUUAGGCAGAGCAUUAUGGAUGGCAAGUAGAUAUUCACAAGCAAUGACACCAGAGUUAGUAGAAAGUUUUUUACAAUUCACUGUGACGGGUCUCCACGAACCCCACCCUCCUUCUGUUCGGAUAUCUGCCGUGCGUGCCAUCUAUGGCUUCUGUGAGCACCUGAAGGGUGCCAAUAGUACUACUAUCCUGACCCCAUUCUUAUUACCCAUCAUGGAAGGUUUAGUUCAGCUUGCCACAUGCGCCCAGUUCGGCUCAGAUAUCCUCUCUCUAGUCUUGGAGACAGUUAGCAUUGUACUUACCAUAGAUGACAAUUUCACAGCACAGUGUGAGAGUCGGGUCACUCCUCUAGCAAAUGCAGUCUUCCUUAAAUAUAGUCAAGACCCCUUAUUAAUAUCCUUAGUGCAAGACAUCUACAAAGAGUUGUGUCGCAAUCCAGCAUGUUCGCAGCAGCUUCAAGAACGCUUAAUACCAACGCUCAUAAGUAUCUUCAAUGCCGCCUCUGACAAAGUUCCAAUGGGUAUUCAGUCAGCUGCUAUGGAUAUCUUAUGUACAAUAGUUCGGAGCUCUCCUGUUCCUCUAUCAGACCUUUUGAUGAAUCAAGGUUUCCCAGCUGUUGCUCAUUGUACACGCAGAUCAGAUGAUAGUGCUGUCAUGCAGAGUGGUGGUGAGUGCAUGAGGGGGUACAUCUCUGUAUCGUUGGAGCAGGUUCAAGCUUGGCAUGAUGAAGGUGGUAAUAGCGGAACCUACUAUGUCUGUGAGGUCAUUUCUAGAUUGCUUAGUCCUCAGACGUCGGAGUACACAGCCUCGUAUGUAGGUCGUCUGGUAGCCAUGUUGAUAUCAAAAGCAGGGAACACGUUAGGGAACGACCAAGAUUUGAUACUUAGAGCUGUCCUUAGCAAGAUGCAGGUUACAGAGACAUUAAGUGUUAUGCAGUCAUUGAUCAUGGUCUUUGCCCACUUGAUGCAUACCAGACUACAUGAUGUUCUAGAAUUCUUAUUCACAGUUCCUGGACCAACGGGCAAACCAGCACUACAUUAUGUACUAACAGAUUGGGUUGCCAGGCAGAACAUGUUCUAUGGGGCCUAUGAUAGCAAAAUCAGUAUAAUGGCAUUAGCUAAGCUCUUAGACCAUGCAAUUAAUACUAAUGAUUCAAGACUACAUGGUAUCAUGGUUCGAGGUGAUCAAGUCUUCACACCUGGCGAGGGUAUCAGGACUAGAUCAAAAGCUGCUCAGAUGCCUGAGCAGUGGACUUCUAUACCAAUCCAUGUCAAAAUCUACAAGCUGUUGAUCAAUGAGUUAUCUAAUGCCAUGGAAACAACAACAUCCAGACAAGCAUCGGCAGGAGGAGAGGAUCUAGAGGAUGAUGGUUGGGAAGAUGAAGAAGAUGAUGAAGAGGAUGAUGAUGUGAUGAUCAAUGAACAUGGUCUAGCUGGACAGCUUUCAGAGUUUGCUGAUGCCUACCCAGGUUAUGAUUGUUUUGAUGAUGAUGAUCCAGAUGAUGAGGAUGAUCCUGAUGCAUUACAAGAUCCUCUUAAUCAAGUAGAUUUACAGACAUUCUUAACAGACUUCUUGGUAGAGUUCUCCAAGCAUGAGUGUCAUCGAGACUUUGCUGCCCAUGUUAACGACGCAGAAAAACAUGUUCUAGGAAGCAUAGGGAUUGUUCUAGCAUGAGCCAGUCCAUCUAAAGACUGAAUUCAUUUAGAUACUGUUGAGCACCAUCCACCAUUCAUACUGCAGAAUAUUUGUUUUCAUGGCUGAUAGCUUUUUGAGUCAACAAGCGACAUCUUCAGACAAUGUAAAAGUCGGAGUUGUGAUAAGUCUGUCCGGGAGUCUUAAAAGAUGGUAAGGGGAUAGCUUUGGAUAACCUGACCUUAUUGAAUGUAAAGCUUGAUCUACAAGUGCUGUCGGAUACAAGGAGAGCAUUUUAUGAAGUAAUUCAUCAGUGAUUUUUACUUAGGACCGUUAUAGGCUACUGAAAUCAUUACAUCUGAUUGAACCGAAAGGAUAUUAGUGAAUUUUCACUAACAAGACACUUGAGAAACACUCUGUACUUUGUGCUAUCACAAGGUUUGAAGGAUGUCAUCUGGCUUACUACCACUUUGUCUAAUUGUCUAUGUAACUAAACCCUUUGAAGCCAAUUCAUAAAUGUGACUUUGAAUCCAUGGUCUGAAACCAUUUUAUGCAGAUUUCAUGCAUUGAUUACUCGGCAUAUGGCUAUCCAAUUAUGAAUGUGCUUUUUGUCUUGUUUAUUAUUAAGGUUGUGCGUUAUCGAGCCAACUAUUCACAUAAGUUGAUUAACAUCAACAGUGGGCUUAUUAAUGCUGUAACCUUAGGAACAAGCGUAAAUUAAGCAUGUUUUAACAAACGCACACUUUUGUUGGCUUUUUUUAAUACACGCUGCAAUGUGUGUAAUUAAUGCAUGACAAAGUAUGUUUUAGAUUAUGAAUUCAAAACCACAUGUGAAAUUGGGCCAUUAGAUCUUCAGUUACUUUGGUCUAAUGCCAAUUAAUAGUCCAUUGAUCCCUGGUGUACUAAUAUUCAUUUAAAGUCUUUUCGGCACUUUAUCUAAAUUUCCUAUGUUUGAAUUCAUGACCAUUUAGUCUUUUAGACAAUCUGGUAGAAGUUUAAAUUGGAUUAGAUAUUUGAGAUAAGACCAAGCAGGCAUUAUAAAAAUUGUGAAUGGAUUUUUCCAAUUAGCUUGCUAACAAUACAAUGGAUGAUUUGAAAUACGGCAAUGUUGGUGAUGUGACAACACCAGCCACCUCACCGUACAUGAAAUGAUGCUGGUGUUUUAUUGACUCAGUUGGUGAUCUGAAGCUCACCAACAGGCAACUUUUACAGAAAAUGAGUGCAAAUCAGUAAAGCUUUGUUUUAAUGAGAAAUAAUAUUUAUUCUAUGAAAUUCUUGAAGUGAAGUGACUUUAGACUUUGCCUUCUCUAUGAGGAGAUUUUACUGCAAAAUCUCCCAGAUUUCACUUUCGUCAUCAAGAUUUCUCGUGCAAAGUUGAGAUGAUCAGGAGCACAAGUACCGCAGAAGCAUGAUGUCAUCAGCUAUCAAUAACAUGAUCUGUAUCAUUCUUCUUAAUCCUGCUCUGUAUUUGAGCUUGUCAGCAGCCUUUUCAUGCUCUUAACACCAAGAACAAACACCGUACUUGAAGUCACCUGAUGGCCGUGCAAUGUGGGUGAGGUGGGUUAAUUUAAAACAAAACAAAAUAUAAGCCAUGUCUGGAAGCCAAGAUGUCAUGAAUUAUAUUUUUGACAAUUUAAAAAGUUUAUUUAUAUCCUUCCCCUUAUUCUCUUUACUUCUUUAUCUCCCCCUUUCUCUUUCACAGAUUCUUUCUUACAUCCCCUCUCCAUGCUUUUUUCAUUUCCUUUUCUAUAGUUCUUACAUUAUUUCUUUUCAAUUUAAAUCAUUAUUUUUUUCCUCUAAGACUAGAGCUACAUGUGGUAGUCUUGCAAUAUCUUGGAAAAUGAAUACAUAAAUAGAUUGGUGGAAAUAUAUAACACUGCAAAAAUAACCAGAAUAGCAAUCUUAAUAUUUAACUUUUGCAUUGUCACUUUAUUCAUUUUAGUGCUUUUAUAAUGAAUUUAACAUGUUCCACAAGGAAAUAGCAAGUGUGUGCAGUUAAUAGCAUCUCUCUUUUGCUUUGAAUAAGAUUUCACAUAUCUCUAUAGAAACAGCUUUUCUCAAAGCAAAUAAUCAGAUGUUUACAUUAAUAUUCAGAAUAUUUUAUUUCAAUUUUCAAAGUAUAAAAUAUUUGUCAAUGUAAAUGUAAUAUUUGCAAUAUGAUUGCAAUUUUCAUUCAAAUUUACAAAUCGCAAACAUUGUAUAUUCAACCCACCUUUGUCAGUGGUUUAUGUUGAUAAAUUUCAUGUAAGAAGUGCUCAAUGACUGCCUGUGUAAACUGAACUGUUUGCUGAUCAUUCAAGUUACCAGUAAAAAGAUUGUUGGCGACUAAA